AUGAAGGCGAUUUAUUUGACCUACGCCGAGAAAUUCAACAUGGCAUACAAUGCCGUGGGCCAGGCCGUCCAGCUGUGUUACCUGGUCGGGCUUCACGAUCAGCCCAAGAACGGCAAACCGUUGAGCCCAUUUGAGGCUCACAUGCGCCAGAGGGUGUUUUGGACCACGUACUGCCUCGAGAAGAACAUCGCCUUUGCCCGAGGACUGCGACUGCCUUACCUGAUCCGUGAUAGCGACAUCAAUAUCCAGGUUCCGCCCUGCGCCACCGACGACGACCAGAGAGAGGAGAUGCAGUAUCUUGACGACGUCCAGGCCUUCUCAGACUACCUCCACAGCACGGUCCAAGCAACACGCCUGAGCACCGAGAUCUGGGAUUGCAUGCUCUGCCCCAACGCCAAAAGACCCGUCGACGAAGAUAAGGUCAUGGCCAUCGACGCCAAACUCCAAAAUAUUCUCGAUAGACUGCCAGACUACCUUUCCCUGGAGAGGAGAUCUCAGGCGGCGGCGUCGGCGGCGGCAUCGCAGCAGCAGCGGCAGCGGAACCUACAGGGGUCUCUUCGUCGGAUAUCUCGACGAGCAAGAAUCUUGUUUCUGCGCACCAAUUACUUCCGUCUCCAGAUGCGUCGGAAGGAGCUCCACGCGGGUAGAUUCUGGCGACGAGAUCGCAGGACUUGCCUGGACAUUGCGGACAAGACCGUCGCCACCGUCUACGAGUUCUAUUUCUCGCCCGUGGCGGAACCUUUGGACCGGUACUCGUGCGCCAUCUACUUACUGGAGGCCGUCUCGGUGCUGGCGGCCGUUCUGCUCGACGACAACGUCGAUCGCGACUGUCUCGUCCAGGCGUCGACUUCUUUCACGCGGGCCCUUGGCGUGCUCAGGACCACCGCAGCCGGCUUGCGCCUGGCCAGGUCGAGCCUGAAGAGGAUGGAGCAGACCAUCGCCGCGGCCGAGACCGUCGCACGGUCUAUUGGCUUGUCGUCCAACGACACUGCGAUCGACCCUGCGUGCGACGCUGCCACAUCAUCCACCAUUGAAUUCGACGCAUUCGGUCAACCGUGUACUCAGAGGCAGAAUAAAGCAUCUUCUAUUGAUCCCUUUCUACUCCAUGAGCCACUUGAAAUGGAGUUAUGGGCCGCGCUGGACAGUACCAACGAGAUGGUCAAUUCCACCACCGAGCAACUACUCCUGAACCUCUAG